GAAUGAAGCUUCAAUUUUCAUGAAUGGUAUCGAUCCCAUAGCCUUCAAUUACUUUUCUCCUGCACCGAUAUCUUUUCAAGAAGCUAUUAAUACAACCUUUUUGGAACGUAUUUUUGAUUCUGCAUCAAUUGACUAUUUCCGUGAACUCUACUUUGGCACAGAAACUAACAACUCAGAUUAUUUUCGAUCUCAACUUGAAAGAGCUUACAGUGACCUUUUAUUUGUUUGUCCGACUUAUAUCUUUGGUCAUCAAUAUGCUUCUAAUUUAGGCAAACAGGAUGGUAAAGUUUAUGCUUAUUUACACACACAAAGACCGAAAUCUUAUUUUCCUUUUGCGAGCGAAUGGAUGGGAACAUUUCAUUCAUCUGAUAUUCCAUAUGUUUUCGGUUUACCUCUGAUAAAGCCUGGUUAUCCACAGAAAGAUAUUUCAUUGAGUCGUGAAAUGAUGAAAAUCUGGACUCAUUUUGCUGAAAAUGGUGAGCCUCCAAUGGUUGGUGAAACUAAAUGGAAACCAUUCCAAGAAAAGAUGUCAGCAAUGAUAUUGAAUAUCGAUGAUUUGGGAAAAACUGAAACGGAAAGAGUUGAAUUUUGUCUCAAACAAUGGGAUUAUUUAUAUCCGCAUAUUAGUAAGAAAAGAAAUUAAAGUUCGUCAAUAUCAAUGGUAAAUCCGAUUAAAAGCACAAAUUCAUUAGAAACAAUCUGAUUUGAAUCAAGUUUGUGGAUAUUGUCUGACUCAACAAAAGAUGGGCUAUGAUACGAUUGGAAAAUAAGCAAUGGUUUAAUAUUUUUGCUACCGUUUUGCAAAAUUCAUUCUAUGUACUAAUAAAUAUUAAUGAUUUCAAUAUCAA